AUGGGUGAUGUUCUCCACCUGUUAGUCAUCCUGUCCUUGUUGGAGACAGGCAAUGCCAAAGUGGGAAACUUCAAAGCAGCAGGAGCUACAGCACCAGGAGAUAUCCUCAUUGGAGGGCUGUUUCCCAUCCAUGAGGGAGUAGAGGAAUCCCCCAACAUCUCAGCACCCCAUGUAUCACAGUGUGUCAGGUACAGUAAGUGCAACAGGUUCAACACAGACGGGUUCAUCCAGGCAUUGGCUAUGAUCCACGCUGUAGAGUCGGCCAACAGAUCCCCUGUCCUGACUGCAGUAGGGAUCUCUCUGGGGUACCGUCUCCAUGACUCGUGCUCUGAUGUCACCACCGCUCUGAGGGCCUCAGCUGACUUCACACAGCCCACCACGGACUGUGGGGGAGGGGCCAACACCUCUAACUCUUCCCCGCCAAUCAUGGCCGUCAUAGGGGCCUCUUCCUCUGAGAUUUCCAUCUCUGUUGCCCGGCAACUCAACCUAAAGCUCAUCCCUCAAAUCAGUUACGCCUCCACCGCCAUCAUCCUGAGUGACAAGAACCGUUUCCCUGCUUUCCUGAGGACCGUACCUAGCGACGUGUACCAGACACAGGCCAUGGUCCAGUUGCUUAGCGACAGCAAAUGGACCUGGGUGGGCGUGGUCACAACGGAUGGAGACUACGGCCGCUCUGCCCUGGACAGCUUCGUCUCCCAGGCAACCGCCUCAGGGAUCUGUGUGGCCUUCAAGGAGAUCCUCCCUGAUUCGCUAACCAGUCCUGACAGCGAAUCAGCAAUCAGCCAAGCCGCCGCCACCCUCCAAUCGAACCCCAAUGUCAAGGUGGUGGUGUCAUUCGCCAAGCCUACUCAGAUGAUGUACCUAUACCAGAAGCUGAGGAGUCUGGGGUCGGGGCUGGGGGAGAGGGUGUGGGUGGCCAGUGACAGCUGGUCCUCGUCCAAGGAGGUCCUGGGAGAAAUGGACCUCCCAGAUAUUGGCAAUGUGGUGGGCUUCUCCUUCAAAAGAGGGAACCUGGCUCCUUUCCAUCACUACCUGAUGAACCUGAGUGACAUCAAUGAUGUCAUAGGAAACAACUCCUUCCUAAAGGAGUUCUACUCACUGCCAAACAGGUCAGAAAACUCUGGGGUUUUGUCCUCCUCCACAGUUCCAGCAGAGAUCCUGCUAAACAACAGCCAUGUGAACGUAGUCUUCAAUGUGGAGAUGGCUGUGAGUGCCAUCGCCCAUGCAGUGGCUGAUAUCUGCAGCGAAAAGGACUGUAAGACACCAGGCACGGUCCAACCCUGGGAGGUGCUUGGAGCCUUGAAGGACAGUCACUUUGAGCUGGAGGGGAAAAGCUACACGUUUGACCAGAAAGGAGACAUCAACCUGGGCUAUGAUGUAACCGUGUGGAGGUCUGUGAGAGGGGUCAUCAACGUCCAUGACGUUGUAGCUGAGUACCAUCCAAUCAACAAAAGCUUCAGCUACACCAGCGGAAACACCAAAAAUCUCACUGACCUGAGGAAUGUGGUGUCUGUGUGCUCGCCUAGCUGUGAACCUGGGAAGUUCAAGAAAACUGCUGAGGGUCAGCACACCUGCUGCUAUGAAUGCAUCAACUGCACUGAGAACCACUACUCCAACAACACUGACAUGGACCAGUGUCUCUCUUGUGAUACAAAGACAGAGUGGUCCCUGGAAGGGAGCUCUGGGUGUACCCAUAAGACCCUGGAGUUCUUCUCCUGGCAGGAUGGCUUCGCGGUGGUGCUGCUGGCGCUGGCGGCCCUGGGCAUCGUCCUGGUUCUCCUGGUGGGGGCACUCUUCCUACACCACCACCAGACCCCCGUUGUGAAGGCUGCCGGGGGGGCUCUCUCCCAGAUCAUCCUGCUCUCUCUAGUGGGAAGUUUUGUUAGUGCUGUGUUCUUUGUAGGUCAUCCCAGCAGCCUACAGUGUAAGGUGCGUCAGGUGCUGUUUGGCCUCAGCUUCACGCUGUGUGUUUCCUGCAUCUUGGUCAAGUCCCUGAAGAUCCUGCUGGCCUUCCAGCUCAACCCUGACCUGAAGGACGUUCUCCGCCGCCUCUACCAACCCUAUGCCAUCAUCUGUCUCUGCGUCAUCCUACAGGUCCUCACCUGCACCCUGUGGCUGGUCCUGCAGAGCCCCCGGAAGAAAGCCACCAUCUUCACCACCACCGUGCUGGCCGAGUGUGACGAAGGCUCCCAAGUGGCGUUUGGUGUGAUGCUGGGCUACAUCGCUGUCCUGGCGCUCGUAUGUUUUGCCUGCGCGUUUAAAGGCCGCAAGUUGCCACAGAAGUACAACGAGGCCAGGUUCAUCACCUUCAGCAUGCUCCUCUACCUCAUGUCCUGGCUGAUAUUCGUGCCUGUAUAUGUGACCACCUCUGGGAAGUACCUGCCAGCAGUGGAGAUGGUGGUCAUCCUCAUCUCCAACUAUGGCAUCCUCAGCUGUCAUUUCUUCCCCAAGUGCUACGUCAUCCUCUUCAAGAAGGAGCACAAUACCAAGAGGGCCUUCAUGAAGAACGUGUAUGAGUAUUCCAGAAAGGGCAUUACUGUCUCUAGCUCUGUCUCUGAGACUUCAGCCUCUCAGACAGAAGGCAAGUGCAUCAGUCACCCUUACUCCAUCAGUUCACCUUCCUUCUUCAUGUCUCCUCCACCAAUGGAACCCACAGCACCUCAGAACUGCUGGUCCGUUGGCCAGAACAUUCAGGGCAUUGACACUGCAACCCAUUGCACCAUAGUAGACCAUGGAGUGUUUGCCACAGGUCAGCUGACUCGACCACGCUGUCUGAGGAGAAGCAUGAGCCUAUGA